AUGACUGAAGACCUAGACCUCGAGCUGGUGCUUGAUCUUGAGGACGAUGCGUACCAAAGAGGGUUUGCUGAGGGCCAGGCCGAGCUGAGGCGAGAGAAUUUGAUCGAAGGGAAACAGUACGGCUACCAAACAGGGUACCAGCGGUUCGUGAUUGUGGGCUACCUCCAAGCGCUUGUUGAGGAGUGGACGAAAGCUGACACGGAAAAUAAGGCGACGUCUCACAUCGCUAAGCUUAAACUGCUACUUGACGAAAUCACGGUGGCGAAUACCGAGGAAUCGGCUCAGCUUUAUGAGGAUAAUACCCGUAAGGCUCGCAAUAAAGCCCGCGUGAUUGCCCUGCUAUUGAACGACACGGGAGCCGUCAGUGAUAUUGACGAUAUGUUGAAAGAAGUGUGUGGCGAGAUCAGCGUACAAACCGACCCCAACGACAUGUGGUAA